AUGAAACAUCUUUUCCCUUUUGAAAGAAAACAUUUUUCUUUCCUUUUAUUACUUGACGGGAAUGAGCAGGAGAUGAGUAACCAAGGCAUUCAUUGGAUAGACUGCCCUCUUUUGCCUUACAGGGAUUAUUUUGCCCCUUCACUCAACUUUCUUUUUCUUUUAGUCUAUUCCUUCUUAUUUCUUACAUAUGGUUUCACCUGGACAACUUCUGCUGGGACUUAUUUCUUUCUGUUUUUUGAGUUAACUGUCUUUAUACAGCACUUGCUCAGUGGUUUCAUCUCUGCUACAUUCCAUAUGAGGAGAGCCUUGUCAGAGGGCUUCAGAUUUCUGAACAUAUACCGAAUAUUUAGAUUUAAGCAAGAUAUUUUUUCUUCUGGGGCUGAUCAAAUGGACCCGAUAGGUCACCUGAAGUCAGUGUUCAAGUUCAAGAAUGGCACUCCCCGACAAGCUGGUGUCUGUUCAACUGCACGUGGCAUCCUUACUAUUAACAAGUCUGUUUUUAAUAAUCCAGAACAUUCUCUGGAGGGGCUAGAAGAAUUUUCUCAUGCCUGGAUCAUCUUCAUAUUUCAUAAGAACAACAAUGUAUGUGUGAAGGCUAAGGUGCGUCCUCCAAGACUCAAUGGGAAACGAAUUGGGGUGUUUGCCACUAGAGCACCUUACAGACCAAACCCAAUUGGCUUGACUUUAGCCAAAAUUGAAAGAAUCUCUGGUGCUGAAAUUCAUUUUUCUGGAAUUGAUCUGCUCGAUGGCACUCCUGUUUUGGAUGUGAAACCAUUUAUUCCACAAUAUGAUGAUCCUGCUUGUAAUUCAAUGAUUUUUCAGUCAAGCUGCAAUGUUGAUAAUUCAUCAAUAUUUUUACUUUUUUCUCUCCGCCUCGUUAAAUCUCUGACUACGUUUGCUUACUGUCAUGUAACAACAUCUUCAAGAACACAUUCCUGGAAGGGCAAGUAUAAGCGGAUCUUCUCUGUAGGCACCCAUGGCAUUACCACAUACAAUCCUGCUACAUUGGAGAUCACAAACCAGUGGCCGUAUGGAGAAUUUAUUAGUAUUGUGCCUGUCAUUAAGGCACCUGUCAAUAAUGAAUUCCACAUCACAAUGCGGAAGAGCAAUCGAAAAACAGACACGAUGCGAUUCUCUACAGAUCAUCGGCCAGACUUGCUAACUGAAGCAUUGCGAUUCCGAAAUCAGUUUGCCGAACAAAAUACAAACACAAAGCGAUUCAAUGCCUUCAAACACCAUUGGUCUGAGAAUCGGGUCCCAGUUAUUUUGGAAGCAAACCAUUCUUCAUUGGAUCAGUUAGAUCCUUCUUCGAAUCGCCUGUUAGCUUCAUAUGACUACAAAGACAUGGAAGGCUUAACUCAAGUUUCUGAUUAUCCUGGUGGAGUAGCUGUGAUUUAUGGCGGCAAUAGUCGGCUGCAUUUGUUUGCAUUGGACCAGAGGGACCAACUCAUCAAAAGUGUGAUGGAGGCUGCAGCUAAUUACAUUGGCAUUUCUGUUAAACAUAGAAAAGAUCCAAUCAGUUUUGAACAGUUUCUCUCACACAGACUGGGAAAGUUUAGCACUGAUGAAGCUUUAACUUCAUACUCGGAAUUUGUGGUGCAGAAAAUUAGUCCUCGUCAUUCUGACAGUGUACGUAGGAUAUUGUGUCUCACUGAGACAUGUCUAGUUGAACGGGACCCAGCCACUUACAAUGUGGUUACCUGUAAGCCUCUCUGUGAUAUAUUUGCAAUAAUUCGACACAAUGACAACCCACAAAAGUUCAGUGUAGAAUACGUGAAAGGAGCUGUUAGAACAUAUCAGUCUACAGAAAGAGAUGCCUUAUUAGCAUCCCUGUUGGAUGGUGUGCGUGCCUCAGGAAAUCGAGAUGUUUGUGUAAAAAUGACGCAUACUAAGCGAGGAUAUCGACUUGGUCCUUUCACUGUCCCGGUGGAUGAAGAAGUGGAAAGUCAACAUUUGAGAUUCAUUCAAUGUUGUCCUCCUUCUAUGAGUCAUGAUGAAGCUGUGCAACGAUUUAACUGUAAUAUAUCUUACAGUGGACUGAUACAUGCAGUGACACAAGAUGGUCUUUUUGCUGAAAACAAAGAAAAGCUGAUCAAUGCCGCAUUAUCUGGCCUACUCGAACGAGAAGGAGACCAGAACAAUAUUUCUCUUGAGGCACUUGAAAGUCAAUUCCAUGCUCUGCGACGACUGGUGGCUUCCAAAGCUGGAUUCCAAGCAUUCACCAGUCUACCAAAGAUGAGGGAACGUGUUGGAGUAAAAGUUGUAAAAGCACUUAAGCGUCAAGAUGAUGCUGUCACCCAUGCUGCUGUAGAUAUGUUGUGUGCAUUGAUGCAGCCAAUGCAUGAUGACUAUGAUAUUCGGCAAGAGCAGAUGAAUAAAUAUUCUUUAAUGUCUUCCAGAAAGUUUUUGGAAAAUCUCUUAGAGAUGUUUAAUGCACAUGUGGUGCGAGGUACUGGGGCCUUAGUGAUCUCAUCUAUGUUGGAUUUUUUGACAUUUGCACUGUGUGCACCAUACAGUGAAACCACUGAUGGGGCACACUUUGAUACUAUGCUUGAAAUGGUGGCUGCCAAUGGCAGAAUUGUCUUUAAACUUUUUCAGCAUCCAUCAAUGGCAAUAGUUAAAGGUGCAGGUCUGGUUAUGAAAGCUAUUAUUGAGGAAGGGGAUGCUGAGAUUGCUGCCAAAAUGCAAGAUUUAGCGCUGGCUGAAGGAGCACUACCGAAGCAUCUACACACAGCCAUGUUUACACAGAGUACGGAUAGUCGGAUGCUGACUAACAGGCAACUGAGUCGGCAUCUAGUGGGCCUAUGGGUUACAGGACACCCAACAGCUAUGCACUUGUUACGAAGAAUUAUGCCAAGUGGAUUACUGGCAUUCUUAGAUUCUUCAGCUGAAAUACCAUCGCAAGAAGAUGACAAACUGAAUGUGAGGGACAAUGUAAAAUUAGCCCAAGACCAUCAAAAUAAAAACAAAAAAAACCCACAGUUACAGUUGAUUGAAAAGAAAAUAGAAAAUUUCCUUCAGCACUGGAGAGGUCGAAUUGGACUGGAAUCCAGUAAAAAACAGCUUCAGAAUGAUGUAAAGCCAAUUGUUCUGCGUAAGCGUCGACAACGAAUCAAAAGUGAAGCCAACUGGUCUCUUUUUUACUAUCAGUUCAGCCGGGAUCAUGCACAACCCAACUUGAUUUGGAAUUACAAGACCAGAGAAGAGCUCCGUGAAGCUCUGGAAAAUGAAAUGAGGGCAUUUAAUGUUGAUCGGGAACUUGGUUCAAAUCAUGUGAUAGCCUGGAAUCAUCAGGAAUUUGAGGUCCCUUUCAAUUGUCUCAGUGAUGAAAUCAAAAUUGGAGAUUACUAUUUGCGUUUGCUACUUGAAGAUGAAGAAUCAGAAGAGACGUCUGGGAUCAAGAGAUCGUAUGAGUUUUUCAAUGAUUUGUAUCAUCGUUUCUUGCUGACUACAAAGAUCCCAAUGAAAUGUAUGUGUUUGCAAGCCAUGGCUAUUGUAUAUGGCCGUUGUCAUGAAGAAAUUGGAGCUUUUAAUGAUACUCGAUAUAUAAUAGGAAUGUUGGAUCGAUGUACAGACAGAUUAGAAAGAGACAGAUUAAUUCUCUUCUUGAAUAAAUUAAUUCUUCAUCCUAAAAAUGUGAAAGAAAUUUUGGAUGCUAAUGGAAUCAAAAUCCUUGUUGACUUGCUGACACUUGCUCACUUACAUACAAGCAGAGCAAUGGUUCCCCUACAGACCAAUGUAAUUGAAGCUGGUGCCGAUAUGAAACGUGAUAGUGAAAAGGAAUGGUAUUAUGGUAAUGCUGACAAAGAAAGGCUUGGACCAUACAGCUUUGAGGAGAUGAAAGACUUAUGGAAAGAAAAUGUGAUCAAUGCCAAGACAAGAUGUUGGGCUCAAGGAAUGGAUGGUUGGAGACCUUUACAAUCAGUAACACAACUCAAAUGGACAUUGCUGGCCACUAGUCAGCCUGUGAUGAAUGAAACAGAACUUGCCAUCCUCAUCCUUAACAUGCUCAUUCGUGUCACAGAAUAUUACCCAAGCAGAGACAUUGAUGGUGCAAUAAUUCGACCCUUGCCCCGAGCUAAACGACUAUUAUCAGAUGCAACAUCACUGCCUCAUAUAGUUCAGUUGCUGUUGACCUUUGACCCAAUUCUUGUUGAAAAGGUAGCCAUACUGUUGAAUGAGAUCAUCCAAGACAAUCCAAAUGUGUCCCGGUUGUAUCUCACUGGUGUUUUCUAUUUCAUCAUGAUGUACACAGGCUCCAAUGUAUUGCCUGUGUCACGAUUCCUCAAGUAUACUCACUUGAAACAGGCAUUUAGAUCAGAUGAGAACAAAAGUUCUGAUAUUAUGCACUGUAGCAUAAUGGGCCAUCUACUGCCAGAGGCAAUGGUCUGUUAUUUAGAAAAUUACAGCCCAGAAAAGUUUGCUGAAAUAUUUCUUGGUGAAUUUGAUACUCCUGAAGCUAUUUGGAGUAAUGAAAUGAGGCGACUGAUGAUAGAAAAAAUUGCUUCCCAUUUAGCUGACUUCACUCCUCGUUUACAGAGCAACACUCGUGCUCUCUACCAAUAUUGUCCAAUUCCAGUCAUUAGUUUCCCUCAAUUGGAUAAUGAACUCUUCUGUAAUAUCUACUACCUGAAACAUCUGUGUGACACACAAAAUUUCCCUGAUUGGCCUAUCAAAGACCCAGUUCGACUGCUGAAGGACAUAUUAGAAGCUUGGAAAAGAGAAGUUGAGAAAAAGCCUCCAUCGAUGUCUUUGGAAGAAGCGUAUCAAGUUUUGAAUUUGUCUAAAGUAGCUGGAAAACAUGAUGAAGCAAAAGUGAGAAAAGCAUAUUUCCGCUUAGCCCAAAAAUACCAUCCUGAUAAGAACCCUGAAGGCAGGGAAAUGUUUGAAAAAGUGAAUAAAGCCUAUGAGUUUUUGUGUAGCAAGAGUAAAGUGCUCCAGGGACCAGAUCCUCAAAAUAUUGUCCUUAUCCUCAAAGCACAAUCAAUAUUAUUCAGGAGAUACAAAGAAGUAUUGGAACCAUACAAAUAUGCAGGUUACCCAAUGUUGAUCAAAACUAUCAAGAUGGAAACUGAAGAUGAUAUGUUGUUUUCAAAAUCAGCUCCCUUGCUUGCAGCAGCCAGCGAGUUGGCAUAUCACACAGUCAACUGUUCUGCUCUAAAUGCUGAAGAACUCCGCAGAGAAAAUGGAAUUGAGGUGCUCCAAGAUGCUUUCACUCGUUGUGUUGAUGUGCUGAGCAGUUCAACCAGCUCCGAUGAUGUUGCUGCCCAGGUUUGUAAAUACAUCACACAGUGCUAUUCUGUUGCUUCCCAGUUUGAAGCAUGUCAAGAGAAAAUCCAGGAGAUGCCGUCCAUUAUUAGAGACUUGUGCAAGAUCCUUUAUUUCAAAAAUAUACCCAAGCUGUGUUCUGAAGUUGCUGCUUGUGUGAGUUCUUUCUGUGUGGAUUACUGGCUUCAGACUCAUCUUUAUAAAGCUGGGGCCAUGUGGCCACUUCUGCUCUAUAUGUUUAAUUAUGACUACACACUUGAGGAGAGUGGCGUGGAAAAGAGUCAGGACACCAAUCAGCAGGAGGUGGCCAACCUUCUAGCCUAUCUUUGUGUCAUUGCAUGUGCACGAUUGGCUGGCUACAAUCAUCCAGGGGACAAUUCAUGCCCAGAUAAUCCAGCUGUCAAGAAGUCACUUUGUGCCAUGUUGACCCCUUACUUGGCCAGAAAGUUGGCCAAUAACAAUCCUUUUGAACUGCUGAAGCUGUUAAACAGCAACACAGAAAACCCUUAUUUAAUAUGGAAUAAUGCAGCCCGAGCACAACUCGUAGAAUAUCUCAUGGACCAACAACAGAAAAAGGGAGAGUGUGAUCCAGAUUAUGGUGCUAGUUUUCAAUUUGAUGUUCAUACCAAAGAACUUGUUGUGGGAGAGAUAUUUGUACGUGUCUACAAUGAACAACCCACUUUUGUUUUGGAGAAUCCUAAAGGAUUUACCAUUGACCUGUUAGACUUCCUUGGAUCUCAAGCUCAGUACUUAUAUUCACUGAUGGCACUUCAGCAACAGAAUCGAAAUUUUGGUUCUUCUCAAUCUGGCACAAGUGACCGAUUAAAGAAUGUUGAGAUGUCAUUGGAAGCACUACGGAAUGUCAUUAAGAAUAAUCCAGGUGUUGAGAUUCAAUGCAUUGGUCACUUUAAACUUCUUUUUUCCUUGUUACGACUGGAAAAUUGUGCUAAGCUGCAACAAUCUGCAUUAGAGGUGAUUAGUAGUGUGACUGCAAAUCAAGAAUGUGUGAAUGAUAUUGCUGCCUCAGAGAUUCUAUCCUAUUUGCUGCUUGCCAUCCAAGGAUUACCACAGUGUCACCUGCUGAUCUUGGAGAGUUUAUUUGCUCUGAUGUCUAAUACAAAAAUAGUAAAAGAAGCUCUUGCAAAAGGUGCCCUUGUAUAUUUGCUUGACCUGUUUUGCAAUGGCACAAACUCAACAGUCAGAGAAAAGACAUCAGAGCUGUUUGCCAAGAUGUUGUCUGACAAAUUAGUGGGUCCCAAAGUGCGGAUUAUUUUAGCGAAAUUCCUGCCUAACAUUUUUAUGGAUGCCAUGCGAGAUUCCCCUGAGGCUAGUGUACAUAUGUUUGAAGGAACGCAUGAAAAUCCAGAAUUAAUAUGGAAUGAUGAGGCACGAGAAAAAGUUUGUGAACUUAUUAAGAAAUUAAAAGCUCAGCAUUACAUAACACAAAGAGACAAUCCAGAUACGCGAUGGACAUUACCAGAGGAUUUCUCUAUCAUCUAUUCAGAAGUCCAGGGUGAGAUGACUGUGGGCGGUGUCUUCCUGCGAUUGUUUAUUGCGAACCCAGGUUGGGUUUUACGUAAGCCCAAAGAGUUUCUCACAGAAUUACUUGAUAAAUGGACACGGCUUAUUGAUGACUCCACAGUUGAUGGAGAAACAUUGGAGACAGUCACAAUGGCACUUGUAUGUCUGUUCCAAUCCCAGACUUCCCUUCUGGAUCAAGUGCCUGGUCUUGGUUACAUCCCCAAAAUAUUCCAAGUGAUGUCUUCUACAAAUACUCUUAUUCCAAAAAGUGCCAUUCAAGUGGUACAUCAACUGACCAACAGUGAGCUGUGUAUCCGUAGUAUGAGUUCAAUUGAGUGUAUUGGUUCACUGAAGGUUGCUAUGAAGCACCGUAAAGACAUGAUGGCCCUGGCUGCUGAAGCCUUGGCAAAGAUGUUUGAGAAAGGCGAAGAAGAACUUGUGUCUCAGGCUAUCAAACAAGAGCUUGUUCCAUUCUUGCUUUGGGUGCUACACAAUCCUCUGGAAAAUACUGAGAAUCCAGCAGCAACAAAGGCACAAAUUGUGAAGGCACUUAAAGCUAUGCAACGCAGUUUGCUAUAUGGCGAACAGGUUACGUCAAUUUUGGACAAGUCACCUGUUUGGAAAGAUUAUAAAGACCAGAAACAUGACCUUUUCAUAUCAGAUUCUUCCUUGGCAGGUUACUUAACAGGUCCUGGUGUAGCUGGAUACUUGACAUCUGGGGUACGUCCCAACCUUCCUGAUGCUCCACCACCACUGGAUACUGGACACCAUGACGACUUCCACUAA